CGCAAUACGCCACCUGUACGCCUACGGCCUCGGCGGCGGACAAGAUAUCCAAUGGGCGUCCAGCACCGAUCUUACGGGCCUCUCCCCGGUCAUCAUCGAAGCGCUAGCCAUCACCCAGGCGCCAGCCGCUGGCGAUGGUACCACAACCUACUAAAUUAGCGCCAGCAAUUUGUAUCAGCCCAAGUUGAUUGCCAGCACCACCGGUAUAUCGGCGCAUUCGGCUGGUAUAGCGCAACAACAUGGCCACAACCAUCAACAACAACAACAACAACAGCAAAAUCAGCACGUACUAAUGCAACUGCAAUCGCAGGUGCAACAGCAACAGCGCAGUAACAGCAACAACGGACGGACCUGUCGCUGGAGCAGCGCACAUAAGUACAGUACCGCUUAUCUACCAACAGCAAUCAUCGUCAUUAUCUUGCUAGCAACAGUUCCUCCAUAUCCUGAUGUACGAACUACCCAAUGUCUGACCUCAUCAUCAACCAAUAUCAAAACCUCCGACCACAUAUCAAUUGUCGCAGGCACUACAAGCCGUCAUCAUGCAACACGCACAACCAAAAAUGACGCUACAAACACUGCAGCACUUGUCAACGGUACAUAUGAUCGACAUCAUUUAGAGUCCACAAUGUAUGGCUUCAUCUGCAGUGAAUUCGGCUCAACGCACUUUACAUAAGUCGCCGUCUCCACGCUACAUGCAACACUAUCAAGUGCACAACGCCACAAUCAGCACCCGCGCAGGGUGCCAACCGGCCGCCGCGUUACGCUUCAACACCGUACAUUUCGCACUACCAAAAAUGGUAACCCAUCGCCAACUAUUCAUUUACGACCGCACAUCGAGUACGAAUUUCCUCGUCAACAAUGGCACGGAUUUUGGCAACUCCGCUUUUUCGUAAACUCAAAAUAGUAACUUCUUUUCGACUGCAAGCUGCAAACGGUAGCAAAAUCGGAACCUACGGAGAUAAGGCGCUCAACUCAGUCUCGCACGUUUAGGCUCCUAUGCAACCGUCGUAGCCCUAACCGAGAACUGCACAAAUAUCCAAUCGGUCGCUUGUAGACCCUAACCCAGUCUCGCACGUGUAGGCUCCUAUGCAACCGUCAUAGCCCUAACCGAGAACUGCACAACAACCACUUAACCAUACCAAUUGGCCAGUGACAACAGUACGCCGCACAGCCGUACUCUCACCAAGCAAAUGAAUUCGCUACACACAUCAACCAGCCUAACUGCACCAAGCACCCGGACUAGGAUCUAGUAAAGGAACUCAACCUUAAAAAAGUCCAGCAAGACUUGAUUUGAGGGGGAGUACUGUAAGCACACCGACAAGACGUAUCACAUCUGGCAGCACUGUUUGUCAGUUAUUCUAUUAUUUCAUUCUCUUUAUAUUCUUCUUGGAAAUUUACAGUU